AUGAAUUUAUUUAAAGACUAGAUUGUGCAGUUCGGUGUGAACUUCAAUUACUAGUAUAUGUGUUUGUGUUUUGAAAAAAUCCUGUUUGUGUUUUAAAUGUUGAAUUAUUUCGUAGCCAUCGGUUCAAUUAAGCUUCCAAAUACAGGCCUAUUCAAAUGUAAAAAAUACUGUCAGACAGUGUAUAUAUUCUGGCUGGAUUUACUUAGUUGUGUUUGAGGAGACCAUGGCAAAGCUUUUACUUUUUCUUACACUCACAGUGUUGACCGGUAUAAUAGAAGGUGAACAAACUGAAAAAAGUGUUGGAGAUGCCAUCGGAUUUGUUCUCCCUUCAUAUUUUGAAUGUGGUCCAUACUCGCUGAUUGGCCCUGACAGUGGUGUCCUCAUCAAUAUUGCUAAUGCGACACAAUGUGACGUCAUGCAACUAUAUUCGGAGCGGAGCAGGUGUGUGCUUCGAAGUGACGGGUCCUUUUGGUUGGCGUUACACCAUCUUGCAAAAAGGGAUGAAGGAAAGUAUGCUCUUCGUGCAGGACGAAGAGAUGAUAGUGCAGGAUGUAAGCUGGAGAAAUGGACCGAUGUCAUUGUACGAGGAUCUGAAUGGUUACUAUGGGGAUCUUGGAGUGGCUGCAGCCAGUCUUGUGGAACAGGAUACCGUACACGGUCACGUGACUGCUCACAUCCUUUAACUUGUGGGACGGAUGAGAGUGAGAGUAUGGUGUGCGAAUACCAGCCGUGUAAAGGUCAUAUAGAAAAAGGUACUUCCACAUUCGGCCGCAUUUCGACUAAUUUGCACUGGAGUUAUUGGUCCGCGUGGUCACAUUGCUCUCGCACAUGCGCAGAGGGGCAGAAAACACGGUCACGUGACUGCUUGGACGAGCGCAGUAAUACAUUACCAACUGAGUAUUGCAAGGGAGACAAUCAAGAGACUGACAUUUGCAAGGAUACAGACUGCUUAGCAGGUGCGAGGAGUAGUCAAGUGACGUCAUUAUCUGGAGACAUGACGUUAUCAGUGCCUCUUUAUGGAGUCGUUGGAGCUGGAGCUGGGAUUUUCAUCAUCGUUCUCGUCGUAGUAAUCGUUGUUCUGAUGAUGAAAUUGAAGAGACGUCGGAGGUUGUCGAUCGGUUCCACAUCUACAACCAUACACAGGCAUGCACAGAAAAGGUACAAAAAAUGCAACCAACAAAGGCAAUCUCGUGCAAUUUCGGUGUCGGUUAGUGGUGUUCAUUUGUAUGACGAAAUAAACGACGAUGAUGUCAAGUCCGAGAGCAAAGUAAGUGACAGAUCUUCAGUAAUGACUAUAGACAACACCUACGUCUUUUUACCAAAAUCUCCCAACCCUCAAAGUCGAGAAUAUGGGAAUGUAGCCUACAAUAAUACAUCAAAAACUGUGGCUACGUUCAAUUAUGGGACAUCGACGGAAAAUAACGGACAUCAACCGGACAAUUCCGAUAUAUUGACGGAAACAACCGAUUUUUUUCCGGAAAAUGUAGAAGGUCCACAAACAUCUUGGUACAAAGAGCGCCACAAGUCAGUGGAUAGUGUUGGUUACAUGAUUCCUGCGAACGAGAGAGCGAGGCGUAAUUUGAAAUGAAUUACUAGAUAUAUAUAUCUCACUCAGAAAGUAAAUCGUUACUUUUAUUGUCUUGUUUGUUUGGUCAAUGUUUGAAUUAUACAAACAUGUUCAAAGAAAUGUUAGAUUAUAUUUUGUAAUUAGCCAUUAUUCGGCAACUUGUAUAAAUGUUAUCAGAAGGACAAAUGCAAUGUUAUGAUUGUUAUAUAUAUAUAAAGGCACGUGGAAAACACAUCAUAAGGAAUAAAAAGCCUUUUAUA